UUUAUCCUUAAUAACGGAACAUGAAUUUUCCUUCGACUUUUCAUUUAAUCGUUCAUUGCUUAAAAAACCUGACGAAACUUUAAAAGAAAAAUUUAAAAGAUUAAAAACAAAUAUGUUAAACAAAUUUUCAAAAGAUCACAGAAGAAUGUCUGAUAUUAGAGGAAUUGAAUUUGAAGGUUUAAAAAAAGUAUGGGUUGAAAUUGAUAUACCAAUUAAUGGAAACUCUGGCUAUAUUAAACGUUCAUGGCAAAUUCACCAUCCCCAUUUAAACAAACGUUUUACCUUCUUUGUCGGUGCCUUCUCUUCGGAUAUAUAUUUACGGGCUCGAAUUACUUUAUUUAAUCAAAAUGAGUCUGAUCCUUUCUUUGAUGACGAAGACAAUGUUUUGAUUAAAUCGGAAGAUGAAAAUAUAAUUUUUGAAAAAUUUAAAUUUAAAGAUGUAAAAGUUGCAGAUAAAGAAUUAGAAAAAUAUGAAAAAGAAAAAAAUUUGAAAGUAUAUCCUGCUUGGAGAGAUAAAUAUAAAAAUUGGGUUUGUAUUUUGUUCCCAGAGAGACGCAGCUCAACUCAGAUAUUGUAA